ACAAGCAAGCAUUGGUUUCUAGUGAAGAACAUAGGACCCACCUGACGAGGUAAGGUAGUUCUUCCACCCUCAGCUUGUCUGGCUUGGUUUGGUGAAAGGAAGAGGAAAAGAAGAAAAUAGAAAAUGGCAGGUGCAGAAGGGUUCGUGGAAGCAGAUAAUGCAGAGGCCAUUAUCACCAGAAUUGAACACAAAUCCCGCAAGAUCGAAACUUUACUCAAACAGUAUAAACCUGUGGAAGCUCUUAAAACCGCCCUUGAAGGCACAUACGCCAUCAUUGGGGAUGAGCGUUGCAAGUCAGCACACUGGCUUGUGGUGCACAGAGCUAUCAUGGCUAUAAAAGAUGUGGAUGGGAUGCUUUCUUCAUUGGAUCCUGAGUACUAUGAUAUCCUAAUGAAGUACUUGUAUAGAGGCUUAGCUACCGGAGAUCGUCCCACAUGCGAUCAAUGUCUUCGGAUUCAUGAAAAAUUGACAGAGAAAGCAGGACUUGGUUGCAUCCUACGUUUUCUGACUGAUACUGUACAUACAGUUUGAUUUCUGAACUACCUUUAUAUUUGAAUUUUUUGUUCUUUUCCUUUGGUGUUUUUGAUUUUUCUUGUCUAUGCAAGACUACAGCAAUCAAUGUAGUGAAGUAUCAGGGAAAUAUAUUAAUGUUGGAUUGUUGGAUUCAAAGUAAUAUGAACUUUACCUUUUCAAUAC